AUGGAUUAUCGCCGUGUGGAAGGGAAAUAUCAGCGAUAUGCCUUCGUUAUGCAGCUGACCUUGAUUGGUUUCCUGCUUCUCUACUUUGUAUCCCAGGCAGUGCUGAUUGUGAGACAUGCAGAAACUCCCCCUGUAGAAACCAGCAUGAAAAAGUGGUUUGGUGCUGGCAAGUGGAUGAUAUGUGAAUGGGACACUUUAUACGGAAUUGGUGUUGGGCUGCCUCAUGACCAGUCAACUCCCUCCUUUGAGCACAAGCAGUGGGAAACUCUGACAGAGACAGUUCCGGUGUCCAAGAUCCCCGAGGAAGUGAAUGCAAUUGAUGGCAACCCACACAACUGCAGCAUCAUAGAUCUCACAGCCUGGAAAAUGCCAGUCCCUCCGCUUAGUUUUAGUCUCUGCAAUGAUGCCGCAAAACUGGUCUUCAUCUAUGUGGAGAGUGGUGGAAUCUGGGAGCGAGUUAGAAGACAAGAAAGAUCUAUGUUCACGCAGGUGAAACUCACCAAACGGAGUCAUGGUGACAACUCUGGUUUCUCGACUUCGUUCCGCGACUACUUCUCAGCUAGCUUGUCACAGGAGUGGACAGAUCCUGGCUUCGAUUUCGAAUACUGGUGUCCAAACUGGAUACGUUUCAAUACUGGCGGUGGUGGGGGAAGAAGUGCACUUCUCGUUGAAAUUGACGAACCUCUGGUUAUGGUUACAGCAAACCUGGGCGUCAUUCCGCAACUCCUCAGUUUAUUCAGCAGUCUCGGGGGCUAUUUGACAAUACUGAGCGUCCUCUUCACUGCCGUUUGGGUACGGAAGAACCCUCAAAGUGAUGUCAACAUCACUUAUGAAGAGCGCACAUUGUUUGGCUGCGAGGCUGCGCCAACGGCGCCAACCCUCGUGGCUGACCAGCCGCGGCAGAGUCCCAGUCCACCUCGGUCCCCUCCACACGACAUCCCAGACAGGUGUCCGGGUGUGUUGCCAGUUGCACCCCCGGUGGCAUUGCGCAACCACAGUGUCCCGCCGGGUGCAGUUGGGCGGCAAAGCAUGCCAAUGCCAUCUCCGCCAUGGGCACAGCUGAAAGCUUCGGAGUGA